AUGUCAACUGUUAUACCUGAUUUUGUCUAUUUCAUUUUUAUACACUGCCAAGCUCUUGAGGUGAUGUCAAAAUGAAGCAGAGAGAAAUGUUGUUAUGGUUGAAGUAAUCUGUCGUGGACAGACUACAAAACAUAAAGUAGCUUGCAUGAGAUUUUUGGUUCUGGUUGCCAAGAUUAUGGUUCAAGGUCUCAUAACAUAAUCAAUAAUCAUAAAAUGUUGCUCCAAAAAAAAAUACUCCACAAAAAGUACAUUUUAACAACCUUUUACAAUUGUGAAAAUAAGGAUAACAAUUGUAUUGUUAUAUAAUUCACCCAUGCAGUAGAAAGAGCACUCCUUCUUGGUGGUUUGCUGCUUGUUACUUAAUGUGGACAAAACAAAACAAAAUCAGCACACUCCAUAUAUAACAACAACAUCAAGUCCCAGAGGUACAAACUGUAUAUGAAAAAACAUAUAUGAAAUUAUAUGUCAAAACUAAAAGACUUUAGUAACAUAACAAAAUAAGAAAAUGGAAAAACAUGUUGUUGUUUAAAAUGGCUUCUAAAUGAAAAGAGGUGCCAUGUGGGUGUGGGGAAUAUUUAUAGGGACUGAUGUGGCUUCUAAAGCAGUUUUGGUGUUUCUCUGUCUUCAAGGCUUGUGGCCUAACACAGGUCUAAAGAUUAGGUUAGCCACGUCAUGUGGUUUAGAAGGGUAAUGGGUGUGAUAAACCAAUUGGAUCAUUUCACCUGGUUUAAUGUACAGGUAUGGCGGUUUGAAUUAGUUAGAUUGUUAGAUAAACUGCUAAUUAUCUCUGACAGAUUAAUGUCUUUAAAGCAGACAUGCAGGACAUGUGGGGCAUGUACUGAACAAAAAUAUAAACGCAACAUUAAAGUGUUGGUCCGAUGUUUCAUGAGCUGAAAUAAAAGAUCCCAGAAAUGUACAAUAUGCACAAAAAGCUUAUUUCUCUCAAAUUCUAUGCACAAAUUAGUUUACAUCACUGUUAGCGAGCAUUUAUAUUUUUCCAAGAUAAUCCAUACCCCUGACAGGUGUGGCAUGUCAAGAAGCUGAUUAAACAGAAUUGUCAUUACACAGGUGCACCUUGUGCUGGGGACACUCUAAAAUGUGCUUUUUUGUCACACAACACAAUGCCACAGAUGUCUUAAGUUUGGAGGAAGCUUAAAAUUGGCAUGCUGACUGCAGGAAUGUACACUAGAGCUGUUGUCAGAGAAAUAAAUGUUUAUUUCUCCACCAUAAGCCACCCUCAAUGUCGUCUUAGAGAAUUUUGGCAGUACGUCCAACUGGCCUCACAACCGCAGACCACAUGUAACCACGCCAGCCCAGGACUUCCUCUUCCGGUUUCUUCACUUGCGGGAUCAUCUGAGACCAGCCGCCCGGAAAGCUGUUUGGAGAGCUCCUUGGUCUUCAUGGUGCCGCUUGCUUGGUGGUGCCCUUUGCUUAGUGGUGUUGCAGACUCUGGAAUCUUACAGAACAGGUGUAUAUAUACUGAGAUCAUGUGACAGAUCAUGUUAAACUUAGAUUGCACACAGGUGGACUUUACUUAACUAAUUAUGUGACUUUUGAAGGUAAUUGGUUGCACCAUAUCUUAUUUAGGGGCUUCAUAGCAAAGGGGGUGAAUACAUAUGCACCCACCACCUUUCAGUAAUAUAUUUUUUUGAAUUGUUUUAAACAAGUUAUUUUUUUUAUUUCACUUCACCAAUUUGGACUAUUUUGUGUAUGUCCAUUACAUGAAAUCCAAAUAAAAAUAAAUUUAAAUUACAGGUGGUAAUGCAACAAAAUAGGAAAAACACCAAGGGGGAUGAAUGCUUUUGCAAGGCACUGUAAACACAAUCAACCUUAAACAAUAGAAAACAAAAUACUGUUCGAUGUAAGUCAUUGAGUUCACUUAUACAUUACAUAUGCUACCGGUGAAAAGUUUUAGAACAUCUACUCAUUCAAGGGUUUUUCAAUAUUUUUACUAUUUUUUACAUUGUAGAAUAAUAGUGAAGACAUACAAACUUUGAAAUAACACAUAUGGAAUCAUGUAGUAACCAAAAAAAGUGUUAAACAAAUCAAAAUAUAUUUUAUAUUUGAGAUUCUUCAAAUAGCCAGCGUUUGCCUUGAUGACAGCUUUGCACACUCUUGGCAUUCUCUCAACCAGCUUCACCUGGAAUGCUUUUCCAACAUUCUUGAAGGAGUUCCCACAUAUAAUGAGCACUUGUUGGCUGCUUUUCCUUCACUCUGCAGACCGACUCAUCCCAAACCAUGUCAAUUUGGUUGAGGUCGGGGGGUUGUGGAGGCCAGGUCAUCUGAUGCAGCACUCCAUCACUCUCCUUCUUGGUAAAAUAGCCCUUACACAGCCUGGAGGUGUGUUGUGUCAUUGUCCUGUUGAAAAACAAAUGAUAGUCCCACUAAGCCCAAACCAGAUGGGAUGGCAUAUCGCUGCAGAAUGCUGUGGUAUCCAUGCUGGUUAAGUGUGCCUUGAAUUCUAAAUAAAUCACAGACAGUGUCACCAGCAAAGCACCCCCACACCAUAUCACCUCCUCCUCCAUGCUUUACGGUGAGAACUACACAUGCAGAGAUCAUCCGUUCACCUACACCGUGUCUCACAAAGACACGGCGGUUGGACCCCAAAAAUGUUUCUUUGGUCCAAGCAAGUCUCUUCUUAUUAUGGGGCGGCAGGUAGCUUUGUGGGUAAGAGCGUUGUGCCAGUAACUGAAAGGUCGCUGGUUCUAAUCCCUGAGCCGACUAGGUGAAAAAUCUGUCGAUGUGCCCUUAAGCAAGGCACUUAACCCUAAUUGCUCCUGUAAGUCGCUCUGGAUAAGAUGGUUCUAAUGUGAUAUUAUCUUACUAGCUUAAUUGGACUAGAUCUACAGUUUCCAGGACAUGCUGGUGGCUGAGAACCCCAACCUGGUCAGCGAGAUCGUGACUGGCCAGAACUUUGAGGGCCGCCCUCUGAAUGUGCUCAAUGUCAGUUUUCAAUACUUUUUUGGUGUUAUCAUGGAUUUUCUUGGUACCUGUCCUAAUGUUAAUACACCCAUUCUCGCUCUCAUAGUUUAGCACUGGUGGCACCAACCGUCCUGGCAUCAUGGUUCGCCAAGAAGGUAAUCAACUUCUAGUCUCUUUCCUUCCAGUCAGGUUGGAUUUCCCCACAUGCUCAUUAGUCACAAUGCAAACUCCAGUUUGCUGCUAAGAAAAGCAAAUAUAGUGUCAUGAAGGCAAUAGGGUCAUUACAGUCUAUUUGCUAUGCAAAACAUAUUAUUAUUAUGAUUAUUAUUAUUAUUAAGGGAGUUAAGUCUUUUUGUAGUAAGUUUACCUCUCUAGGGGAUUAGGCAAUUCCGGUUCUGAAUACCCACAGGGACGUUCCUACUCCCACAGGUUGCUGCAUUGAUGUCAAAAGUGGGAUGGCGCCCCCAUGAGGCCAGGUAUUCUCUUUUCAGUAUGAUAACGUGCUUAAAUCUUUCUGUUUCAAUGACCACCAGAUUAUGACUGACCCCAUCCUCACGGCCAUUUUGGACAAGAUGGACAUCUUUCUGGAGAUCAUGGUCAACCCUGAUGGUUACUACUACACCCAUACUACUGUGAGUCCCUAACAGCAAAACAGUUUAUUUAUUAUUCAUAAUUCAUCCACUAAUACUCUGUAAUGGCAGCUCUGAUGAUUAAUUAAUGAAUUCACUCAGAAUUAAUCCAAACCAUUGAUUAUGUUAUCCUUUUAUGUUCCACAGAACCAUAUAUGGCGUAAGACCAGGAAGCCCAACCCUGGCUCUUCCUGCAUUGGAAUUGACCCCAACAGGAACUGGGAUGCUGGUAUUAGAAGUAGGCUAUGUUUCCUAUUUGCUUCUUGAAAGUAUGGAAGCCCUGAAGCCCAAGGCUCAAAAACAAAACAAAAGAAAGGUAGACUCUUGGUUGAACGACUUAGUAUCUUGUUUGAACGACUUAGUAUCUUGUUCAAACGACUUCGUUUCUCGUUUGAACGACUUCGUAUCUCGUUUGAACGACAUAGUAUCUCGUUUGAACGUAUAACAAAAAAAAGAGAUUUUCCAUCACCAACAAAUCAAUGAACUUCAGAGAUAAUAGGCUGGUUUAUGCUGUGAAAACAUGUUUCUAUUAGCCUACCAGAAUCGCCUACAGAAAUAAGUUUGUGAUAGGCCUUCAAUUGAAAGGUUUAACUUGUUAUAGCCUACAGUUCACAAUAACAGGAAAAAAUACAUUUAAUCACUGAAAUAAAAUUAAGAGAUAGUACAUUUUCUUGUUGACACUUCGUUUGUUCUUUGAAGUGUUGACUAAUGGUUUACUGAAAUAUAAGGAAGCUAUCCGAUUUUCAAUGGCACAGAUGACAACAAUCAAUUUUUUUGACGAUAAGGCAAAGCAACAAAAAAAUGAUUUGAAAGCAUCCUCGAGAAGGAGCGCUUGAGAGGGAGAACCAUGCGUAAUGGAUGGAUUCAGCAGACGGGUUGCAAAAUAAAUCACUGCAUUGCAGGGAUCAACCUGCUGUGGCAGUUUUCUAGCCUCAUGCAGUGGUAGUAGCAGUAUAAAUAAUAGUAAUAAUAAUAAUAAUAAUAAACGACCUUAAUAUUCUGCCAAGGCUGACGCAGACCGAUUAAGCUAUUUCAAACACUUCAAGCUACCAGGAAUCAAAAGCCAUCUGGGCAAAAAUUGGCUGAGGUCAGCACAGAUUAUUUGGACAAUAAGAUUGUUUGGAAUCGUUUUUAUUAGCAGGAAGAAGUUAAACUAAUGUCAGAAGUGUCACAAUACAUAGGGCAUUUUUAACAGUCAGGGCAUUUGAAGUCGAGCAGAGCUCUUAAUGCCUUGUGCCAAACCUGGUCUGAUAGUGCAAAGAAGAUUUGUCCUGCCCUUUUGGGGAUUUAGAUAAUUAAACAGUAUUUUAGGAACUGCAGAUUACCUGUGGAGCUGUUUUUACACACCAAUAAUCUGUGUUCUCUUUUGGUGAUAUCGCCAUUGUGCAUGCCCUCGUCAUAGUUUGUUCAAUUACAGCCAAAACAUGUUUUGUGGGGUUUGUAAUGAGUCUCUUAUAGAACAUCUGAUCAUUCAGUUGCCUGAAUACUUCAGUCUUAUAGACAUUUUUCACCGUUUAUUUUUAUUUUUACUAAGUCGUUCGAACAAGAUACUAAGUCGUUCUAAUUAGAUAAUUAAAAGACUCCUUUUUUUAUUUUAUAUCUUUGCCUUGGGCUUCAGGGCUCAACACAUUGUUUAAAUUGCAUGAGCUAACCAAACCUGGGCUCAACACAUUGUUUCUAUUGCAUGAACUAACCAAAUCUAAAAAAGUGUCAUGGCAACCCGAAGGCCUUCAUCGACAUCCACAGCUACUCCCCUACGGCUACACUGCAACCCCCUGCAAGUCUGAUAGAGAUGGGCUUCCCACCUUCCCUUGACCCUUAGCCAUGUCUCAGUCAUUUACCUAAUAAUUGUAUGUGAGGCAAUAAUGCAAUUUUAUAGCAUCAAACAGGGUAUAACUGUUGAACAGCUAAAGUUUAGUAUACACAAAGACGAAGUGUUUUGUCUGUUGAACAUGACCUUAAAUUGUCAAAGGCUGUACAGAUCUGUUGACCUUAUUUUAUAUUUCACCCACAGCAUGACCUGGCUGGCAAGGCCAUCACUGACCUGGCUACCAUGUAUGGAACCUCCUAUAUAUACGGCCGUCAUGACCACCAUAUGUAAGUGUCUAACGCAGUCACUCCACGGCCACUCACUUUCAUUUAGGCACUGAAAAUACGUGAAAGGCUACUUCUUUAGGCCCAUAACAGCCAAUAACAGCCACAAGGUCUAAUAAAGGAACAAUGUAAUGUGUUUAUCAUCCACUAAACCAAGCCAGUGGUGUUCUUCCACUAGACCAUGCCCAUUUUGUUACGUUCCCCACCAAAAAUGUUGCUCAAACAGAAGGGAGAACUAACAAAGAGUCACUGACAUCAACCAAAACGAAACAGGUCGGUUUUAGGAGGGGUUCUGAAAGACACUCAUGGAAGUGUCCACUGAAAGUUGACUAGCAAUAACAAUUGGGUCCUAAAAGACAUCCACCACGAGCGCCCACAAAAUUUGACCACUAAGAGGCAAACAAAAGAAAAACCCACACCAAACUUCAAGGCAGGAAGCAAACCAAAAAGUUUAGCAAAACGAAAACAGUGAAGAUCAGACAGGGGGAGCCAACUUGUGAUGAGUGUGAUGGAAAGGAGUCAGGCGCAGGAGGGUAAUCACCGAAUACAGAGUUUAUUCCUUCGUAGACACACAAAUGCGCUCAAAUCGCGAUCAACGAAACAGGCACAGGGGAAACUCUCAUCCCUGGCAAAUACACUGUGACGGAUAUCCAAUAAUACAUAGGCACAGGGGAAAAUCUACUCUGGCAACACAAUGUUACGAGUAGCUCACCGAGCUACACUACUCUCACAAAUAACAAUCACCCACAAGGACAAGGGGGCAGAGGGAACACUUAUACACAGAAUAAUUAGGGGAUAGGAACCAGGUGUGUGUGAUUGACAAGACAAGACAAUUGUGAUGAUGAUUGGGGCAGCAGUGGUUAGUAAGCCGGUGACGACGAACGCCGAAGCGUGCCCGAACAAGGAGGGGAGGCAGCCUCGGCCGAAGUCGUGACACAACUAAAGAUGUUGACCCUCCACAUAUCUCAAGAAAGUUCCCUUAAUCAUUAGAAAUGACUAAUCAUGGAGGUUUGAGAAUAUUUCAAUGAUAACUGUAAAGAGGAAGCAAAGCUUGUGGUUAAGGUUGACUCCAACUGUAAGUGAUGGUGUAAGCAGACAUUUAGCCACCGUCUUUUAGGGUAACUUUUUUCACUCCCUUUCUCAACUCCAAGCAUAGUUGUUGAAAGCUGAAUGGUUCUCCUAUCUUUGUAGGGACCAGGUCCUUCGUAUCACUGCGAGGGAUGAGGUCCAGCUCACUCUUCUGAAGGACCUGUCUGAGAUGGAACAUCUCCAGGUGUGUGACAUGAUAAUCACCACUGUAGAGCCUUGACCAGGUCAUUUCCCUUUCACUAUAGCUGCUCAAAAGACUUAUAUGGGCGAUUUCCCGUACACAGAUUAAGUCUUGUCAUGGACUAAAAAGCAUACAUUUUAGUCCAGGACUAGGCUUUAUCUGUCUGGGAGACCGGCCCAUUGUGUUGGUUUGUUGGCCUAACGUAUCAUUCCUACCCUCUAUCCCAGUUGGAUGGUUGAAUAAGCCUUGUAGUGACCUUUGACCUCCCUUUUGCCCACAGGUUAUGCUGGACGAGGAGAAUUAGCAGAUGCUGAGUGCUGCCCGUGUCACUGCUUGGUUAUAUGUUAAAUGUCUUUCAAAUGUACAGGAUUUGAGGAUUAUAGUAGAUGUUCUUUACACCCCCCUCCUUCUCUCUUUUCUAGUUCAGCACUGGUGGAACCAACAAACCUGGUAUCUGGUUUGACACUGGAAUCCACUCCAGGGAAUGGGUCACUCAGGCAAGAAGGUGCAUCAGUGCUAUCUCCCUGACAGUCUUUAAACCUUUCCCAUCUAUGCAUCUGUUCACCAAACCACUGUCUUACUCUCACUGUUACUCACUAUGUAUGGUAGUCAUGAUUUAAGAUUUCUGAUAUUAUUUUUCUGUUUCAAUAUCCAGAUUGUGACCGACUAUCCAAGAUGGCGAAGUAGUGCAGUCCUGUUUCUGUCGUGUGUCUGUAAAUAGCCUGUAAAUACCCUGUUUUUUUGUAUUUUUCGUACAUAUUUCCCUAUCAGACUUUUCAUCCUUCUACAAAAUAUACUUUCCUGCAACCCGCCUCACUCAAUGUGGAACGGAUUCUAUUAUUGACUUACCUUUUAUCUAGAAUCUAGAAUCUCCAGUUGAAACUAGCUAGCCAGCUAACUAGCUACUUUCUAUUAGCCACAGCUAGCGGUGUUUCACCCAGAUCAUUGGAUUUUUUCCGCGGGAUUAAUUUUAAUCACUGGACAUUGAUCACCGGAUAUUCGGCCAGUCUGCACAGCGCGUUAUCGACCCAGAACAUAUCAGUUUUUCUGCCGGAAUCACUGAUUCUCUGGACCUUUAACUCCGGAUUCAUCGCUACCAGCUGGCUACAACAACAACAAAACGGACGCUGUGGUCUGGCUAAUCAUCCCGAGCUAGGCCCAUCUCCCGGCUAUCUACCUCUCUAUCAACCGGACGGGACCACCUAGUGUUGACACGGAGCCCCGCCGAUCCUACACGACUGGUCUGCCGACGAAAUCGUCUGAUGUGGUUACGACGUUAACCACGAAGAUUCCAUCCAUCUGCUAGCUCUGGCCCGUUAGCACACGUUAUCCGUGGCCUCUUACUCACUAAACUGAACUAGCUACUGAACUAGCUACUUGCUAUUAGCCACAGCUAGCGGUGUUGCACCCAGAAUAUUGGAUUUUUUUUCCGCGGGAUUAAUUUUUAAUCACUGGACAUUGAUCACCGGAUAUUCGGCCAGUCUGCACAGCGCGUUAUCGACCCAGAACAUAUCAGUUUUUCCGCCGGAAUCACUGAAUUCACUGGACCUUUAACUCCGGAUUCAUCGCUACCAGCUGGCUACAACAAAACGGACGUAGCACACGCUAGCCGUGGCCUCUUACUCACUAGCGCUUCACCACCGGACCUUAUGAUAUCUCAGCUAUACAGCUGAUAUCUGCUGGACUGUUCCUUUUUACGGUACUACAUCCUGUUUAUGUUUAGCCUCAGCCCAAACAUGGUUAGUUUAUUGUUGUUUCGGUUAUUUCUAAUUGUACUAUAUCACUGUAGACCCCCCAGCCUAGCUAAACCUGCCUUAGUUAGCUCCUUUGUCCCUCCGCCCAUACACUCAGAGACCGACUCAAUUGAUGCCUCUAGAGAUACUAUCUCUUACAUUGUUACCCAACGCUUAGGUUUACCUCCACUUUACUCAUAUCCUUCCAUAUCCUUGUCUGUACAUAAUGCCCUGAAUCUUUUCUAUAACACCCGGAAAUCUGCCCCCUUUAUUCUAUGUACCCAACGCACUAGAAGACCAGUUCUUAAAGCCUUUAGCCGUAUCCUUAUUCUAGUCCUCCUCUGUUCCUCUGGUGAUGUAAAGGCUAACCCAGGGCCUGUAGCCCCCAGUAUCACUCCUACUCCCCAGGAGCUAUCAUUUGAUGACUUCUGUAAUCGCAAAAGUCUUGGUUUCUUGCACAUAAAUAUCAGAAGUCUACUUCCUAAGUUUGAGUUAUUCACUGUGUUAGCACACUCUGCCAACCCUGAUGUUCUAGCAGUGUCUGAAUCCUGGCUCAGGAAGGCCACCAAAAAUUCUGAAAUUUCCAUCCCCAACUAUAACAUUUUCCGUCUAGAUAGAACUGCCAAAGGGGGUGGAGUUGCAAUCUACUGUAGAGAUAGCCUGCAGAGCUCUAUCAUACUAUCCAGGUCUGUGCCCAAACAGUUUGAGCUUCUACUUCUAAAAAUCCACCUUUCCAGAAAUAAGUCUCUCACUGUUGCCGCUUGCUACAGACCCCCUUCAGCCCCCAGCUGUGCCCUGGACACCAUAUGUGAAUUGAUUGCCCCCCAUUUAUCCUCUGAGUUUGUACUGCUUGGUGACCUAAAUUGGGAUAUGCUUAAUACCCCAGCCAUCCUACAAUCCAAGCUAGAUGCCCUCAACCUCACGCAAAUUAUCAACGAACCUACCAGGUACAACCCUAAAUCCUUAAACAUGGGUACCCUCAUAGAUAUCAUCCUGACUAACAUACCCUCUAAAUACACCUCAGCUGUCUUCAACCAGGAUCUCAGCGAUCACUGCCUUAUUGCCUGCGUCCGUAACGGGUCUGCGGUCAAACGACCACCCCUCAUCACUGUCAAACGCUCCCUAAAACACUUUAGCGAGGAGGCCUUCCUAAUUGACCUGGCCCAGGUAUCCUGGAUGGAUAUAGAUCUCAUUCCGUCAGUAGAGGAUGCCUGGUUGUUCCUUAAAAGUAAUUUCCUCUCAAUCUUAAAUAAACAUGCCCCAUUCAAAAAAUACAGAACUAAGAACCGAUAUAGCCCCUGGUUCUCCUCAGACUUGACUGCCCUUGACCAGCACAAAAACAUCCUGUGGCGUACAGCAUUAGCAUCAAAUAGCCCCCGCGAUAUGCAACUUUUCAGGGAAGUUAGGAACCAAUAUACACAAGCAGUCAGGAAAGCAAAGGCUAACUUUUUCAAACAGAAAUUUGCAUCCUGUAGCACUAACUCCAAAAAGUUUUGGGACACUGUAAAGUCCAUGGAGAAUAAGAGCACUUCCUCCCAGCUGCCCACUGCACUGAGGCUAGGAAACACUAUCACCACCGAUAAAUCUACAAUAAUCUAGAAUUUCAACAAGCAUUUUGCUACAGCUGGCCAUGCUUUCCAUCUGGCUACCACUAACCCGGCCACCAACUCUGCACCCUCUGCUGCAACUUGCCCAUGCCCCCCCCCGCUUCUCCUUCACACAAAUUCAGACAGCUGAUGUUUUGAAAGCGCUGCAAAAUUUGGACCCCUACAAAUCAGCUGGGCUAGACAAUCUGGACCCUUUCUUUCUAAAACUAGCCGCCGAAAUUGUCGCAACCCCUAUUACUAGUCUGUUCAACCUCUCUUUCAUAACGUCUGAGAUCCCCAGAGAUUGGAAAGCUGCCGCGGUCAUCCCCCUCUUCAAAGGGGGUGACACUCUAGAUCCAAACUGCUACAGACCUAUAUCCAUCCUGCCCUGCCUUUCGAAAGUAUUCGAAAGCCAAGUUAACAAACAGAUCACCGACCAUUUCGAAUACCACCGUACCUUCUCCGCUAUGCAAUCCGGUUUCCGAGCUGGUCACGGGUGCACUUCAGCCACGCUCAAGGUCCUAAACGAUAUUAUAACCACGAUUGAUAAUAGACAGUACUGUGCAGCCGUCUUCAUCGACCUGGCCAAGGCUUUCGACUCUGUCAACCACCGCAUUCUUAUUGGCAGACUAAAUAGCCUUGGUUUCUCAAAUGACUGCCUCGCCUGGUUCACCAACUACUUCUCAGAUAGAGUUCAGUGUGUCAAAUCGGAGGGCCUGUUGUCUGGACCUAUGGCAGUCUCUAUGGGGGUGCCACAGGGUUCAAUUCUUGGGCCGACACUUUUCUCCGUGUAUAUCAAUGAUGUUGCUCUUGCUGCUGGUGACUCUCAGAUCCACCUCUACGCAGACGACACCAUUUUGUAUACAUCUGGCCCUUCAUUGGACACUGUGUUAACAAACCUCCAAACGAGCUUCAAUGCCAUUCAACAAUCCUUCAGUAGCCUUCAACUGCUCUUAAACACUAGUAAAACUAAAUGCAUGCUUUUCAAUCGAACGCUGCUAGCACCCGCCCACCCGACUAGAAUCACCACUCUCGACGGGUCUGACCUAGAGUAUGUGGACAACUACAAAUAUCUAGGUGUCUGGUUAGACUGUAAACUCAACUUCCAGACUCACAUAAAUAAUCUCCAAUCCAAAGUUAAAUCUAGAAUCGGCUUCCUAUUUCGCAACAAAGCCUCCUUCACUCAUGCUGCCAAACAUGCCCUCGUAAAACUGACUAUCCUACCGAUCCUUGACUUCGGCGAUGUCAUUUACAAAAUAGCCUCCAACACUCUACUCAGCAAAUUGGAUGUAGUCUAUCACAGUGCCAUCCGUUUUGUCUCCAAAGCCCCAUACACUACCCACCACUGUGACCUGUACGCUCUUGUUGGCUGGUCCUCACUACAUGUUCGUCGUCAAACCCACUGGCUCCAGGCCAUCUAUAAAUCACUGCUAGGCAAAUCCCCGCCUUAUCUUAGCUCAUUGGUCACCAUAGCAGCACCCACCCGUAGUCUGCGCUCCAGCAGGUAUAUCUCACUGGUCAUUCCCAAAGCCAACACCUCCUUUGGCCGCCAUUCCUUCCAGUUCUCUGCUGCCAAUGACUGGAACGAAUUGCAAAAAUCUCUGAAGCUGGAGACUCUUAUCUCCCUCAAUAACUUUAAGCAUCAGUUGUCAGAGCACCUUACCGAUCACUGCACCUGUACACAGCCCAUCUGAAAUUAGCCCACCCAACUACCUCAUCCCUAUAUUGUUAUUUAUUUUGCUCUUUUGCACCCCAGUAUCUCUAUUUGCACAUCAUCUCUUGCACAUCUAGCAUUCCAGUGUUAAUACUAUUGUAAUUAUUCUGCACUAUAGCCUAUUUAUUGCCUUACCUCCAUAACUUGCUACAUUUGCACACACUGUAUAUAUAUUUUCUGUUGUAUCUCUGACUUUAUGUUUUUUUUACCCCACAUGUAACUCUGUGUUGUUUUUAUUGCACUACUUUGCUUUAUCUUGGCCAGGUCGCAGUUGUAAAUGAGAACCUGUUCUCAACUGGCUUACCUGGUUAAAUAAAGGUGAAAUAAAAAAAUAAAUAAAACUAUGGACGUGACGCUGCCCUUACCGUCAUCCUGGACAAGAUGGAUAUCUUCCUGGAGAUUGUGACCAACCCUGAUGGCUACUACUGCACCCACACUAACGUGAGUCGCUCACAACAGAACAUAUGCCAUUAACGGUACAAUUUAUUUUAAUGUGCAUUCCCUGACCCCUAUGAUUACUAAAUGUUACAUUUUGUUUACGUCAUGUUAUAUCGCUCCACCUGCGUGAUCUGAAUCUCUUAUUCAUAUGUAGGAACUUAAUUUGAGCCAGUUUGCUACAGCAGGAAAAUUAUCCUGCAGCAACAGGAAAUGUGAAUUAUUAUGUGGAUUUUAGUUUGGGCAUUUUUCCCAAACUAAAAUCAAGUCUGAAAUUUCAAAGUACAAAUUAGAAACUUCAGAAGCCUUUUCAAACCUCAAAUACACUACACAUUUUAAAAUGUCCUGCAUUGCAGGAAAGUUCUCCUGCAACAGGGUGAUCAAAUUAAGAUCCUACAUCUAGAUCCAAUAUCAACUAUCGAAUGUCAUUUGACUUCGCUCUGACAUCAUCAACUGCUGCUUACAGCUAUGCACUAGACCAAACCAAACAAACCAUUUGUCACGACAAAGACCUUUCAUGUUCCACAGAACCGUAUGUGGCGUAAGACCAGGAAGCCCAACCCUGGCUCUUCCUGCAUUGGAACUGACCCCAACAGAAACUGGGAUGCUGGUUUUGGAGGUAUAUUUUCCUUGUCACUUGCAAAUCACUUUUAUAUUCAAAUACAGUAGAUUCCGAUGUCACAAACUCAAUAAGAAACCAAAUUUGAUUUUUUUGGUCAAAUAAAAUGUAUCUUCUUGCACCUGGUGAGAUAGUAUUUUGCAUUGUUAUUUUUUUGUCUGCCACUAAUGUUUUAUAUCCUUUUGUCUAUCUCCUCUGUUGUCUUUGGUAGGUCCCGGUGCCAGUAACAGCCCCUGCUCUGAGACUUACCGCGGACCCAAGGCUCACUCUGAGUCUGAGGUCAAGUCCAUUGUGGACUUUGUCAAGUCUCACGGCAACCUGAAGGCCUUCGUGUCCAUCCAUUCCUACUCCCAGAUGCUCCUCUACCCCUACGGUUACACCACGACCCCCUGCAAGGACCAGAGCGAACUGGUGAGUCCAGCAUCCAUCAACUAGUUGUCUUUGACAUGUCUGGUAACAACUUGAGGUAUCCGUACCUAUAGGGAGCGCCCUGCCUGCAUUCUCCACCACAUGUGGCCUCACCAGGGGGAAGGGUGAAUCCAAUAGGGGACUUUAACAUUCGGUUACUUUUAUUAUAUGCCCACAGCACAACCUGGCCAGGAAGGCUAUCACUGAUCUGGCUUCCCUGUAUGGAACUUCCUACAGAUACGGAAGCAUAAUCAACACCAUCUGUAAGUGUCAAACACCGGUUUAACCUAUUCGUUGCUUUAAAUGGCUCCCAUCCCAUCCCAUUCCAAUCCAAUCUAGUCCACCACGAUCUAUCAACAUGAGCACACUCCACCUUUAUUAUAUAACCAAAGUAAUUACAAUAUUUUUAGUUUAGGGUUAUAUACUCUUAUAUACUCUGUGACAAUACAGAAACUAUUGUCAAUUCCCUUUUUUCUUGUCAAUUCCAGAUCAGGCUAGCGGUGGUACCAUUGACUGGACCUACAACCAGGGCAUCAAGUACUCCCACACCUUUGAGCUGAGAGACACUGGUCGCUAUGGUUUCAUCCUGCCUGCCAAUCAGAUCCUCCCUACUGCCAAGGAGACUUGGCUGGCUCUGAUGGCCAUCAUGGAGCAUACCAAGGACAACACAAACUAGAGGGGUCACCACGACAACCUACUGGACUCUCUGUCAUUGUACUGUUGUACAUAGGUAUAUAUAGGAAAAGCCUAUCGGUAACAUUAUGUCUACCAUGUCUCUUUCCAGGCCCCAAAGAGACCAACAAAUGUCAACUGUUAUACCUGAUUUUGUCUAUUUCAUUUUUAUACACUGCCAAGCUCUUGAGGAGAUGUCAAAAUGAAGCAGAGAGAAAGGUUGUUAUGGUUGAAGUAAUCUGUCGUGGACAGACUACAAAACAUAAAGUAGUUUGCAUGAGAUUUUUGGUUCUGGUUGCCAAGAUUAUGGUUGAAGGUCUCAUAACAUAAUCAAUAAUCAUAAAAUAUUGCUUUAAAAAAUUACUCCACAGAAAGUACAUUUUAACAACAUUUUACAAUUGUGAAAAUAAGGAUAACAAUUGUAUUGUUAUAUAAUUCACCCAUGCAGUAGAAAGAGCACUCCUUCUUGGUGGUUUGCUGCUUGUUACUUAAUGUGGACAAAACAAAACAAAAUCAGCACACUCCAUAUACAGUGGGGAGAACAAGUAUUUGAUACACUGCCGAUUUUGCAGGUUUUCCUACUUACAAAGCAUGUAGAGGUCUGUAAUUUUUAUCAUAGGUACACUUCAACUGUGAGAGACGGAAUCUAAAACAAAAAUCCAGAAAAUCACAUUGUAUGAUUUUUAAGUAAUUCAUUUGCAUUUUAUUGCAUGACAUAAGUAUGUGUUCACCUACCAACCAGUAAGAAUUCCGGCUCUCACAGACCUGUUAGUUUUUCUUUAAGAAGCCCUCCUGUUUUCCACUCAUUACCUGUAUUAACUGCACCUGUUUGAACUCGUUACCUGUAUAAAAGACACCUGUCCACACACUCAAUCAAACAGACUCCAACCUCUCCACAAUGGCCAAGACCAGAGAGCUGUGUAAGGACAUCAGGGAUAAAAUCGUAGACCUGCACAAGGCUGGGAUGGUCUACAGGACAAUAGGCAAGCAGCUUGGUGAGAAGGCAACAACUGUUGGCGCAAUUAUUAGAAAAUGGAAGAAGUUCAAGAUGACGGUCAAUCACCCUCCGUCUGGGGCUCCAUGUAAGAUCUCACCUCGUGGGGCAUCAAUGAUCAUGAGGAAGGUGAGGGAUCAGCCCAGAACUACACGGCAGGACCUGGUCAAUGACCUGAAGAGAGCUGGGACCACAGUCUCAAAGAAAACCAUUAGUAACACACUACGCCGUCAUGGAUUAAAAUCCUGCAGCGCACUCAAGGUCCCCCUGCUCAAGCCAGCGCAUGUCCAGGCCCGUCUGAAGUUUGCCAAUGACCAUCUGGAUGAUCCAGAGGAGGAAUGGGAGAUGGUCAUGUGGUCUGAUGAGACAAAAACAUAACUUUUUGGUCUAAACUCCACUCGCCGUGUUUGGAGGAAGAAGAAGGAUGAGUACAACCCCAAGAACACCAUCCCAACCGUGAAGCAUGGAGGUGGAAACAUAAUUCUUUGGGGAUGCUUUUCUGCAAAGGGGACAGGACGACUGCACCGUAUUGAGGGGAGGAUGGAUGGGGCCAUGUAUCGCGAGAUCUUGGCCAACAACGUCCUUCCCUCAGUAAGAGCAUUGAAGAUGGGUUGUGGCUGGGUCUUCCAGCAUGACAACGACCCGAAACACACAGCCAGGGCAACUAAGGAGUGGCUCCGUAAGAAGCAUCUCAAGGUCCUGGAGUGGCCUAGCCAGUCUCCAGACCUGAACCCAAUAGAAAAUCUUUGGAGGGAGCUGAAAGUCUGUAUUGCCCAGCGGCAGCCCCGAAACCUGAAGGAUCUGGAGAAGGUCUGUAUGGAGGAGUGGGCUAAAAUCCCUGCUGCAGUGUGUGCAAACCUGGUCAAGACCUACAGGAAACGUAUGAUCUCUGUAAUUGCAAACAAAGGUUUCUGUACCAAAUAUUAAGUUCUGCUUUUCUGAUGUAUCAAAUACUUAUGUCAUGCAAUAAAAUGCAAAUUAAUUACUUAAAAAUCAUACAAUGUGAUUUUCUGGAUUUUUGUUUUAGAUUCCGUCUCUCACAGUUGAAGUGUACCUAUGAUAAAAAUGACAGACCUCUACAUGCUUUGUAAGUAGGAAAACCUGCAAAAUCGGCAGUGUAUCAAAUACUGUAUAACAACAACAUCAAGUCCCAGAGGUACAAAUUGUAUAUGAAAAAACAUAUAUGAAAUUAUAUGUCAAAACUAACAGACUUUAGUAACAUAACAAAAUAAGAAAAUGGAAAAACAUGUUGUUGUUUAAAAUGGCUUCUAAAUGAAAAGAGGUGCCAUGUGGGUGUGGGGAAUAUUUAUAGGGACUGAUGUGGCUACUAAAGCAGUUUUGGUGUUUCUCUGUCUUCAAGGCUUGUGGCCUAACACAGGUCUAAAGAUUAGGUUAGCCACGUCAUGUGGUUUAGAAGGGUAAUGGGUGUGAUAAACCAAUUGGAUCAUUUCACCUGGUUUAAUGUACAGGUAUGGCGGUUUGAAUUAGUUAGAUUGUUAGAUAAACUGCAAAUAAUCUCUGACAGAUUAAUGUCUUUAAAGCAGACAUGCAGGACAUGUGGGGCAUGUACUGAACAAAAAUAUAAACGCAACAUUAAAGUGUUGGUCCGAUGUUUCAUGAGCUGAAAUAAAAGAUCCCAGAAAUGUACAAUAUGCACAAAAAGCUUAUUUCUCUCAAAUUCUAUGCACAAAUUAGUUUACAUCACUGUUAGCGAGCAUUUAUAUUUUUCCAAGAUAAUCCAUCCACCUGACAGGUGUGGCAUGUCAAGAAGCUGAUUAAACAGAAAUAUCAUUACACAGGUGCACCUUGUGCUGGGGACACUCUAAAAUGUGCUUUUUUGAAACACAACACAAUGCCACAGAUGUCUUAAGUUUGGAGGAAGCUUAAAAUUGGCAUGCUGACUGCAGGAAUGUACACUAGAGCUGUUGUCAGAGAAUUAAAUGUUCAUUUCUCCACCAUAAGCCACCCUCAACGUCGUCUUAGAGAAUUUGGCAGUACGUUACAUGUGGCCUCACAACCGCAGACCACAUGUAACCACGCCAGCCCAGGACUUCCUCUUCCGGAUUCUUCACCUGCGGGAUCAUCUGAGACCAGCCGCCCGGAAAGCUGUUUGGAGAUCUCCUUGGUCUUCGUGGUGCCGCUUGUGUCACGCCCUGGCUCUGGGGACUCUAGUAUGUUGAGCCAGGGUGUGAGUUUUCGUUUGUUUUCGUUCUAGUUUAGUAUUUCUAUGUUGGCCAGUGUGGUUCUCAAUCAGAGGCAACGGGUAUCAGCUGUUGCUUGUUGUCUCUGAUUGGGAACCAUACUUAAGCAGCCAGUUUUCCCACAGUGUUUGUGGGAUCUUGUUCCUGUAUAGGUUUGUGUUUUGCACCUUUGGACGUCACGUUAUCGUUUUGUUCGUGUAAUCAUUAUUUAAUAAAUAUGUUCACCUUCCACGCUGCGCCUUGGUCCUCUGUUUCCGAAGAUCCCACCAACACUGGACCAAGCAGCGUGUCCAGGAGCCAGCGCCAGAGGUAUCGCUAAACGACAUCAACCUCGACUGGGCCUGGCCCACGGGGAGGAGAGACACCAGAAAUGUUUUAGGGGGGGGGGCUCACGCCGUGGACGACGGGGCAGCAGGAGGCCGCGAUAGAGCGGUCCAGCGGGUUUGCAGAGGAGGCUGCCAGGUUAAGGGGGCCACUGGUCACAGAGGAGAGGGAAAGUGUAGAGGCACGGCGAGAGGUACUGGGGUGUGUUACCAGUCCGGUCCGGCCCGUUCCUGAUCCCUGCGUAGGGCCUGUGGUGUGUGUCCCCAGUACGGUCCGGCCUGUUCCUGUUCCUCGCAUCGAGCCUGUGGUGCGCGUCGUCAGCCCGGCCCGGCCUGUUCCUGCUCCACGCACCAAGCCUAUGGUGCGCAUCGUCAGCCCGGUUCGGCCCGCUCCUGCUCCCCGCACCAAGUCAGUGGUGCGCUUCGUCAGCCCGGUCCGGCCCGCUCCUGCUCCCCGCACCAAGUCAGUGGUGCGCUUCGUCAGCUUGGUCCGGCGCGCUCCUGCUCCCCGCACCAAGUCAGGGGUGCGUUUCGUCAGCCCGGCUCGGCCCGUUCCUGCUCCCCACACCAAGCCAGUGGUGUGCGUCGUCAGUCCGGCACAGCCCGUGCCUGUUCCACCGGUGCCUGGUUCGGCACGGGUCAGCUGCUUCACGCCGGAGGUAGAGCAAUCCGCUCCACCAGUGUGCAGUCCAGCUCCGGUCAGCAGGGCCAGACCGGACCAGGGGUACUUUGGGGGGUUAGAGAGGGAGUGGGGAUCAUGCCCGGAGCCGGAUCCGCCGCCAAGGCGGAGUGCCCACCCGGUCCCUCCCCUGUGGUGUUUGGUUGGCGCGGUUGGAGUCCGCGCCUUUGGGGGGGGGGGUACUGUCAUGCUCUGGGGACUCUAGUAUGUUGAGCCAGGGUGUGAGUUUUCGUUUGUUUUCGUUCUAGUUUAGUAUUUCUAUGUUGGCCAGUGUGGUUCUCAAUCAGAGGCAACGGGUAUCAGCUGUUGCUUGUUGUCUCUGAUUGGGAACCAUACUUAAGCAGCCAGUUUUCCCACAGUGUUUGUGGGAUCUUGUUCCUGUAUAGGUUUGUGUUUUGCACCUUUGGACGUCACGUUAUCGUUUGUUGUUUUGUUCGUGUAAUCAUUAUUUAAUAAAUAUGUUCACCUUCCACGCUGCGCCUUGGUCCUCUGUAUCCGACGAUCGUGACAGCUUGCUUGGUGGUGCCCCUUGCUUAGUGGUGUUGCAGACUCUGGAGCCUUACAGAACAGGUGUAUAUAUACUGAGAUCAUGUGACAGAUCAUGUUAAACUUAGAUUGCACAUAGGUGGACUUUACUUAACUAAUUAUGUGACUUCUGAAGGUAUUUGGUUGCACCAUAUCUUAUUUAGGGGCUUCAUAGCAAAGGGGGUGAAUACAUGUGCACGCACCACUUUUCAGUAAUUUUUUUUAAAAAUUGUUUUAAACAAGUUAUUUUUUUUAUUUCACUACACCAAUUUGGACUAUUUUGUGUAUGUCCAUGACAUGAAAUCCAAAUAAAAAUCAAUUUAAAUUACAGGUUGUAAUGCAACAAAAUAGGAAAAACGCCAAAGGGGAUGAAUACUUUUGCAAGGCACUGUAAACACAAUCAACCUUAAACAAUAGAAAACAAAAUACUGUUCGAUGUAAGUCAUUGACUUCACUUAUACAUUACAUAUGCUACCGGUGAAAUGUUUUAGAACAUCUACUCAUUCAAGGGUUUUUCAAUAUUUUUAAAAAAUUUUACAUUGUAGAAUAAUAGUGAAGACAUACAAACUUUGAAAUAACACAUAUGGAAUCAUGUAGUAACCAAAAAAAGUGUUAAACAAAUCAAAAUAUAUUUUAUAUUUGAGAUUCUUCAAAUAGCCAGCGUUUGCCUUGAUGACAGCUUUGCACACUCUUGGCAUUCUCUCAACCAGCUUCACCUGGAAUGCUUUUCCAACAUUCUUGAAGGAGUUCCCACAUAUAAUGAGCACUUGUUGGCUGCUUUUCCUUCACUCUGCAGACCGACUCAUCCCAAACCAUGUCAAUUUGGUUGAGGUCGGGGGGUUGUGGAGGCCAGGUCAUCUGAUGCAGCACUCCAUCACUCUCCUUCUUGGUAAAAUAGCCCUUACACAGCCUGGAGGUGUGUUGUGUCAUUGUCCUGUUGAAAAACAAAUGAUAGUCCCACUAAACCCAAACCAGAUGGGAUGGCAUAUCACUGCAGAAUGCUGUGGUAUCCAUGCUGGUUAAGUGUGCCUUGAAUUCUAAAUAAAUCACAGACAGUGUCACCAGCAAAGCACCCCCACACCAUAUCACCUCCUCCUCCAUGCUUUACGGUGAGAACUACACAUGCAGAGAUCAUCCGUUCACCUACACCGCGUCUCACAAAGACACGGCGGUUGGACCCCAAAAAUGUUUCUUUGGUCCAAGCAAGUCUCAUCUUAUUAUUGGUGUCCUUUAGUAAUGGUUUCUUUGCAGCAAUUCGACCAAUUCGACCUGAUUCACACAGUCUCCUCUGAACAGUUGAUCUUGAGAUGUGUCUUACUUGAACUCUGUGAAGCAUUUAUUUGGGCUGCAAUUUCUGAGGCUGGUAACUCUACUGAACUUAUACUCUGCAGCAGAGGUAACUCUGGGUCUUCCAUUCCUGUGGCGUUCCUCAUGCAAGCCAGUUUCAUCAUAGCGUUUGAUGAUUUUUGCUGCACUUGAAUAAACGUUCAAAGUUCUUGAAAUGUUCUGCAUUGACUGACCUACAUGUCUUAAAGUAAUGUUGGACUGUUGUUUCUCUUUGCUUAUUUGAGCUGUUCUUGCCAUAAUAUGGACUUGGUCAUUUACCAAAUAGGGCUAUCUUCUGUAUGCCCCCCCACCUUGUCACAACAUAACUGAUUAGCUGAAAUGCAUUAUGAAAGGAAAUAAAUUCAAAAAUUAACUUUUAAGAAGGCACACCUGUUAAUGGAAAUGCAUUCCAGGUGCCUACCUCAUGAAGCUGGUUGAGAGUGUGCCAAGAGUGUGCAAAGCUGUCAUCAAGGCAAAGGGUGGCUAUUUGAUGAAUCUCAAAUAUAAAAUAUAUUUUGAUUUGUUUAACACUUUUUUGGUUACUACAUGAUUCCAUGUGUGUUAUUUCAUAGUUUUAAUGUCUUCACUAUUAUUCUUCAAUGUAGAAAAUAGUAAAAAAUAAAGAAAAACCCUUGAAUGAGUGGGUGUUCUAAAACUUUUGACCGAUAGUGCUGAUGCCACACACACACACACACACACACACACACACACACACACACACACACACACACACACACACACACACACACACACACACACACACACACACACACACACACACACACACAGACACACACACACACACACACUCAUACACACACACACUUUCACACUCACCACGUACGCUGCUGCAACUAUUAUCUAGCCUGUUGCCUGGUCACUUUACCCCUACCUAUAUGUGCUGUACAUAGCUACCUCAAUUACCUUGUUCCCCUGAACAUCGACUCGGUACUGGUACUCCCUGUAUAUAGCCAUGUUAUUUUUAAUUGUUAUUUGUAUUUGUUAUUCACUGUGUAUUUAUUCCUAUUGUCACUAUUUAUUUUUUAAAAUCUUAUCUGUAACUCUGCAUAAUGGAAAGGACCCGUAAGCAUUUCACUGUUAGUCUACACCUGUGGGCUACGAAGCAUGUGACAAAUAACAUUUGAUUUGAUAACACACUGUGGGUUCGAUUCCCAUGGGGGGCCAGUAUAAAAAUAUAAAUAAAUGAUGUAUGCACUCACUAACUGUAAGUCGCUCUGGAUAAGAGCGUCUGCUAAAUUACUAAAAUGUAAAAUGUAAAUAACACUGUCAUAAGACUGCAUAAAAACACUGCCAUAAGAGUGCAUAAUAACACUAUCAUAAGACUUCAUAAUAACACUGUCAUAAAACUGGAUAAUAACAUGAUCAUUUUGCAUAAUAACACUGUCAUAAUAAUGUUAUCAAGCCUGUUUUAAAACUACAGUCCUCAGAGCUCUUUGGUUCUAAUGUGAUAUUAUCUUACUAGCUUUAUCGGACUAGAUCUACAGUUUCCAGGACAUGCUGGUGGCUGAGAACCCCAACCUGGUCAGCAAGAUCGUGACUGGCCAGAACUUUGAGGGCCGCCCUCUGAAUGUGCUCAAUGUAAGUCGUGUCAGUUUUCAAUACUUUUUUGGUGUUAUCAUGGAUUUUCUUGGUACCUGUCCUAAUGUUAAUACACCCAUUCUCGCUCUCAUAGUUUAGCACUGGUGGCACCAACCGUCCUGGCAUCAUGGUUCGCCAAGAAGGUAAUCAACUUCUAGUCUCUUUCCUUCCAGUCAGGUUGGAUUUCCCCACAUGCUCAUUAGUCACAAUGCAAACUCCAGUUUGCUGCUAAGAAUAGCAAAUAUAGUGUUAUGAAGGCAAUAGGGUCAUUACAGUCUAUUUGCUAUGCAAAACAUAUUAUUAUUAUGAAUAUUAUUAUUAUUAAGGGAGUUAAGUCUUUUUGUAGUAAGUUUACCUCUCUAGGGGAUUAGGCAAUUCCGGUUCUGAAUACCCACAGGGACGUUCCCACUCCCACAGGUUGCUGCAUUGAUGUCAAAAGUGGGAUGGCGCCCCCAUGAGGCCAGGUAUUCUCUUUUCAGUAUGAUAACGUGCUUAAAUCUUUCUGUUUCAAUGACCACCAGAUUAUGACUGACCCCAUCCUCACGGCCAUUUUGGACAAGAUGGACAUCUUUCUGGAGAUCAUGGUCAACCCUGAUGGUUACUACUACACCCAUACUACUGUGAGUCCCUAACAGCAAAACAGUUUAUUUAUUUUUCAUAAUUCAUCAACUAAUACUCUGUAAUGGCAGCUCUGAUGAUUAAUUAAUGAAUUCACUCAGAAUUAAUCCAACCCAUUGAUUAUGUUAUCCCUUCAUGUUCCACAGAACCAUAUAUGGCGUAAGACCAGGAAGCCCAACCCUGGCUCUUCCUGCGUUGGAACUGACCCCAACAGGAACUGGGAUGCUGGUAUUAGAAGUAGGCUAUGUUUCCUAUUUGCUUCUUGAAAGUAUGGAAGCCCUGAAGCCCAAGGCUAAAAAACAAAACAAAAGAAAGGUAGACUCUUGGUUGAACGACUUAGUAUCUUGUUUGAACGACUUAGUAUCUUGUUCAAACGACUUCGUAUCUCGUUUGAACGACUUCGUAUCUCGUUUGAACGACAUAGUAUCUCGUUUGAACGUAUAACAAAAAAAAGAGAUUUUCCAUCACCAAUAAAUCAAUGAACUUCAGAGAUAAUAGGCUGGUUUAUGCUGCGAAAACAUGUUUCUAUUAGCCUACCAGAAUCGCCUACAGAAAUAAGUUUGUGAUAGGCCUUCAAUUGAAAGGUUUAACUUGUUAUAGCCUACAGUUCACAAUAACAGGAAAAAAUACAUUUAAUCACUGAAAUAAAAUUAAGAGAUAGUACAUUUUCUUGUUGACACUUCGUUUGUUCUUUGAAGUGUUGACUAAUGGUUUACUGAAAUAUAAGGAAGCUAUCCGAUUUUCAAUGGCACAGAUGACAACAAUCAAUUUUUUUGACGAUAAGGCAAAGCAACAAAAAAAUGAUUUGAAAGCAUCCUCGAGAAGGAGCACUUGAGAGGGAGAACCAUGCGUAAUGGAUGGAUUCAGCAGACGGUGUCACGGUUUCGGCCGAGGCUGCUCCUCCUCCUGGUUCGGGCAGGCUUCGGCGGUCGUCGUCCCCGGAGUACUAGCUGCCACCGAUCUAUGUUUCAUGUUCGUUUGGUUUUGUCUUGAUGUUGUACACCUGUGUCUUGUUAGUCCUCGUUAGUGUCCUAUUUAGUCCUCGUUGUGUGUGUUUGUCUUUGUGUGUGAUUGCUCUUCUGUUUCGUGUUGGAGCUACGUACUUCCCUCCAGUGUUUUGGAGAGGUUUUUCGCACAUGUUAGUGCGCCGUUUGUUUGACGCCUGUGUGCGCCGUUAUUUCACCUUCGGGCUUAUUGUGCUUAUUUUCUACGUGAAUAUUGCACUAAAGUCUUUUGGACUGAGCUUCUGCGUCCUGCGCUUGAUUCAUGCACCACACCCACCUUCAGCACCCCUUGACAGAAUCACACACCAAAAUGGAAUCAGCAGGAUCUGCAGUUACGCCUGAGUCGCUCGAGGAGCAUGUUCGCGGCCAAGAUGACCAGAUACGACAACUGGGGACCGCUCUACAGGACAUCAUCAACACCCUGCACCGAUGGGAGGCCAGCGGGGUACCCACACCUCCACCUACCCUGCCAACCCCAUCGGCCGGUCCACCAGUCCCAGGUCCGGAACCCAGGGGGAUUUGGCUCUCGCUCCCGAGGGCGUAUGACGGAACAGCUGCCGGGUGUCAGGGGUUCCUCCUGCAGGUGGAGCUCUACCUGGCCACUGUACACCCGGUGCCCUCGGGACACGAGAGCGUUUCCGCCCUCAUCUCCUGUCUCACGGGCAAGGCAUUGGAGUGGGCUAACGCCGAGUGGAGGAAGAUGGACGCCAACACCACCUCCUACGCCGAGUUCUCCCGCCGCUUCAAGGCCGUGUUCGACCAUCCACCUGAGGGCAAAGCAGCGGGGGAGCAUCUAGUCCACCUGAGACAGGGGAGGAGGAGCGCACAGGAGUUUGCUCUAGAGUUCCGGACUCUAGCGGCGGACGCAGGGUGGAGUGAACGGGCCCUCAUCGACCAUUUUCGAUGUAGCCUACGGGAGGACGUUCAACGUGAGUUGGCCUGCAGCGAUACCCAUCUCACCUUCGACCAUGUCCAUCCGUCUGGAUGGUCGAUAUGUCCAUCCGUCUGGACACCCUGCUGGCCACCCGUGGACGUCCCGAGGGGGGUCCGUCCAUUCCGCCCUCCGGCACCGCCGAGCCGAGCCCUAUGGAGCUCGGGGGUGCCGGCGCUAGAGAAAGGAGGAGGAGGAGCCCGAGGGGGCCUGUCUCCUGCACCAAGUGCGGUCGUGGAGGGCACACUGCGGCCAGGUGCUGGGGAGGGUUCUCCGGGGGAGAAGACAACAGGCCACGCACUGGGGGGGCCUCCCAGGUGAGUAGACGUCCCACUUACCCAGAGCUUUCUGUUGCGCACUUUUGUAUACCUGUGUGUUUUCCACAGGUUGCACCUCAUUCCCAGCAUAAGGCGCUAGUAGAUUCAGGCGCAGCUGGGAAUUUUGUUGAUCGGAAGUUUUGUUUAGAUUUAGGGAUCCCUCUCCUACCUGUUGACAAACCUUUUCCCGUUCAUGCCUUAGAUAGCCGCCCGUUGGGGUCGGGGUUGAUUAGGGAGAUCACAGCACCACUUAGGAUGUCAUGAAGAGACUAUACAGCUGUAUCUGAUCGACUCUCCUGCGUACCCAGUGGUGCUGGGAAUUCCCUGGUUAAGCACCCAUAACCCUGCUAUUUCGUGGCAACAGAGGGCUCUCGAUGUGUGGUCUGCUCAGUGCGAGGGGCGAUGUCUGGGUGUUUCCGUGGGGGCGACUUCGGUGGAAAGUCCAAACCAAGUGCCCGCACUGCACAUUCCGCCUGAAUAUGGGGAUUUAGCUCUCGUGUUUAGUAAAACUAGGGCGACGCAGUUGCCUCCUCAUAGACAGGGGGAUUGUGCGAUUGAUCUCCAGGCAGGAGCAGCGCUCCCACGGAGCCAUGUGUAUCCUUUGUCUCAAGAGGAGAGAAAAGCUAUGGAGACUUACAUAGCCGAAUCUUUGAGACAAGGAUACAUUCGGCCCUCCACUUCUCCCGCCUCCUCGAGUUUCUUUUUUGUGAAGAAGAAAGAUGGAGGGUUGCGCCCGUGCAUUGAUUACCGUGGUCUCAAUCAGAUUACUGUGAAAUACAGUUAUCCACUCCCUCUGAUUGCGACCAUGACAGAGUCAUUGCAUGGAGCGCGGUUUUUCACAAAAUUGGAUCUCAGGAGCGCGUAUAACUUGGUGCGCAUUAGGGAGGGCGACGAAUGGAAGACAGCGUUUAGUACCACGUCAGGUCAUUUAGAAUAUCUCGUCAUGCCAUAUGGGUUGAUGAAUGCUCCAUCAGUCUUCCAAUCCUUCGUAGAUGACAUUUUCCGGGAUAUGCAGGGACAAGGGGUGGUCGUGUACAUUGAUGACAUUCUGGUGUACUCGUCUACCCGAGCCGAGCAUAUAACCCUGGUGCGUCGUGUAUUGAGGAGGCUGUUGGAGCACGACCUAUAUGUCAAGGCAGAGAAAUGUCUGUUUUUCCAGGAGUCGGUCUCCUUUUUGGGUUAUCGGUUGUCCGCGUCAGGGGUGAGAAUGGAGGUGGAUCGUGUGUCCGCUGUGCGUAAUUGGCAAACUCCAACCACUGUAAAAGAGGUGCAGCAGUUCUUGGGCUUUGCGAAUUAUUACCGGAGGUUUAUCCGGGGUUUUGGACAGGUGGCAGCUCCCAUCACGUCCCUUCUGAAAGGGGGUCCGGUGCGCCUGCAGUGGUCAGCUGAUGCGGACAGGGCCUUUAGGAGACUGAAGGACCUGUUUACGUCGGCUCCGGUGCUGGCGCAUCCGGAUCCCGCAUUACCCUUUCAGGUUGAGGUAGACGCGUCUGAGGCUGGUAUAGGGGCCGUUCUCUCUCAACGGUCCGGCACGCCACCUAAACUCCGCCCCUGUGCUUUUUACUCAAAAAAGCUCAGCCCGGCGGAGCGUAACUAUGACUUCGGGGACAGGGAGCUGUUAGCUGUAGUUCAAGCCCUUAAGGUGUGGAGGCAUUGGCUUGAGGGGGCUCAACACCCUUUCCUAAUUUUGACUGACCAUCGGAACCUGGAGUACAUCCGGGCAGCGAGUAGACUGAACCCUCGCCAGGCUCGAUGGAGUAUGUUUCUCACCAGGUUCGUAUUUAAAAUCACGUACAUCCCUGGGUCCCAGAAUGGUAAGGCAGAUGCGCUGUCCCGGCGGUAUGACACGGAGGAGAGGUCCGUUGAGCCUACUCCCAUACUACCGGAGUCUUGCCUUGUGGCACCGGUGGUGUGGGAGGUCGAUGCCGAAAUCGAGCGAGCGUUGCGUACCGACCCCAGCCCUCCACAGUGUCCUGAGGGUCGGAAGUACGUUCCGCUCGAGAUUCGGGAUCGACUCAUUUACUGGGCUCACACGUCACCCUCCUCUGGACAUCCGGGUAUUGGCCGGACAGUGCAUUGCCUUAGCACUAAAUACUGGUGGCCCACUUUGGCUAGGGAUGUGAGGGUUUAUGUCUCCUCCUGCUCGGUGUGCGCCCAGUGUAAGGCGCCCCGACAUCUGCCCAGGGGUAAGUUACAACCCCUGCCCGUUCCUCUCGGUGGAUUUUGUGACAGACCUUCCCCUCUCUCAGGGGAAUACCACCAUCCUGGUCGUUGUGGACCGGUUCUCUAAGGCCUGUCGUCUUCUCCCAAUGUCGGGUCUUCCUACUGCCCUACAGACCGCUGAGGCCCUAUUUACCCACGUCUUCCGGCAUUACGGGGUACCCGAGGAUAUAGUGUCUGAUCGAGGCCCCCAGUUUACCUCCCGUGUUUGGAGAGCGUUCAUGGAGCAUUUGGGGGUCUCGGUUAGCCUUACCUCAGGGUACCACCCGGAGAGUAACGGGCAGGUAGAACGUGUCAACCAGGAUGUGGGUAGGUUUCUGAGGUCGUAUUGCCAGGGCCGGCCGGAGGAGUGGGCACGGUACAUUCCCUGGGCCGAGAUGGCCCAGAACUCUCUCCGCCACUCCUCUACCAACCUAACCCCCUUCCAAUGUGUGUUAGGUUACCAGCCGGUUCUGGCACCUUGGCAGCAGAGCCAGAUCGAGGCCCCUGCGGUGGAUGAUUGGAUGAGGCGCUCGGAAGAGACGUGGAACGCUGCCCACAUCCACCUGCAGCGGGCCGUCCUUCGUCACAAGGCGAGCGCCGAUCUCCACCGCAGUGAGGGGCCGGUGUACGCACCCGGAGAUCGAGUCUGGCUCUCUACCAGAAACCUACCCCUCUGCCUGCCCUGCCGGAAGCUGGGUCGGCGGUUUGUGGGACCCUUUAAAGUCCUGAGAAGAUUGAACGAGGUGUGUUAUAGGUUACAUCUACCUGUUGAGUAUAAGAAUAUUAACCCCUCGUUCCAUGUGUCUCUUCUCAGGCCGGUGGUAGCUGGUCCACUCCAGGACAAUGAGAUAGGGGAGACUCCUCCGCCCCCACUGGACGUCGAGGGGGCUCCGGCGUACACCGUUCGGUCCAUCUUGGACUCAAGACGCCGGAUGGGGGGUCUCCAGUAUCUCGUGGAGUGGGAGGGGUACGGCCCGGAGGAGCGGUGCUGGGUGCCGCGGAGGGACAUCCUAGACCCAUCUCUCUUGUCGGAGUUCCACCGGGACCAUCCCGCGCGCCCUGCUCCGCGUCCUCCUGGUCGUCCCCGAGGCCGGGGUCGGCGCACGGCUGGAGCCGCGCGUCAAGGGGAGGGGGGGUACUGUCACGGUUUCGGCCGAGGCUGCUCCUCCUCCUGGUUCGGGCAGGCUUCGGCGGUCGUCGUCCCCGGAGUACUAGCUGCCACCGAUCUAUGUUUCAUGUUCGUUUGGUUUUGUCUUGAUGUUGUACACCUGUGUCUUGUUAGUCCUCGUUAGUGUCCUAUUUAGUUCUCGUUGUGUGUGUUUGUCUUUGUGUGUGAUUGCUCUUCUGUUUUGUGUUGGAGCUACGUACUUCCCUCCAGUGUUUUGGAGAGGUUUUUCGCACAUGUUAGUGCACCGUUUGUUUGACGCCUGUGUGCGCCGUUAUUUCGCCUUCGGGCUUAUUGUGCUUAUUUUCUACGUGAAUAUUGCACUAAAGUCUUUUGGACUGAGCUUCUGCGUCCUGCGCUUGAUUCAUGCACCACACCCACCUUCAGCACCCCUUGACAGACGGGUUGCAAAAUAAAUCACUGCAUUGCAGGGAUCAACCUGCUGUGGCAGUUUUCUAGCCUCAUGCAGUGGUAGUAGCAGUAUAAAUAAUAGUAAUAAUAAUAAUAAUAAUAAACGACCUUAAUAUUCUGCCAAGGCUGACGCAGACCGAUUAAGCUAUUUCAAACACUUCAAGCUACCAGGAAUCAAAAGUCAUCUGGGCAAAAAUUGGCUGAGGUCAGCACAGAUUAUUUGGACAAUAAGAUUGUGUGGAAUCGUUUUUAUUAGCAGGAAGAAGUUUAACUAAUGUCAGAAGUGUCACAAUACAUAGGGCAUUUUUAACAGUCAGGGCAUUUGAAGUCGAGCAGAGCUCUUAAUGCCUUGUGCCAAACCUGGUCUGAUAGCGCAAAGAAGAUUUCUCCUGCCCUUUUGGGGAUUUAGAUAAUUAAACAGUAUUUUAGGAAUUGCAGAUUACCUGUGUGGAGCUGUUUUUACACACCAAUAAUCUGUGUUCUCUUUUGGCGAUAUCGCCAUUGUGCAUGCCCUCGGUCAUAGUUUGUUCAAUUACAGCCAAAAGCUGUUUUGUGGGGUUUGUAAUGAGUCUCUUAUAGAACAUCUGAUCAUUCAGUUGCCUGAAUACUUCAGUCUUAUAGACAUUUUUCACACAGUUUAUUUUUAUUUUUACUAAGUCGUUCGAACAAGAUACUAAGUCGUUCUAAUGAGAUAAUUAAAAUACUCCUUUUUUUAUUCUUUUUUUUUGCCUUGGGCUUCAGGGCUCAACACAUUGUAUAAAUUGCAUGAACUAACCAAACCUGGGCUCAACACAUUGUUUCUAUUGCAUGAACUAACCAAACCUAAAAAAGUGUCAUGGCAACCCGAAGGCCUUCAUCGACAUCCACAGCUACUCCCCUACGGCUACACUGCAACCCCCUGCAAGUCUGAUAGAGAUGGGCUUCCCACCUUCCCUUGACCCUUAGCCACGUCUCAGUCAUUUACCUAAUAAUUGUAUGUGAGGCAAUAAUGCAAUUUUAUAGCAUCAAACAGGGUAUAACUGUUGAACAGCUAAAGUUUAGUAUACACAAAGACGAAGUGUUUUGUCUGUUGAACAUGACCUUAAAUUGUCAAAGGCUGUACAGAUCUGUUGACCUUAUUUUAUAUUUCACCAACAGCAUGACCUGGCUGGCAAGGCCAUCACUGACCUGGCUACCAUGUAUGGAACCUUCUAUAUAUACGGCUGUGUCAUGACCACCAUAUGUAAGUGUCUAACGCAGUCACUCCACGGCCACUCACUUUUCAUUUAGGCACUGAAAAUACAUGAAAGGCUACUUCUUUAGGCCCAUAACAGCCAAUAACAGCCACAAGGUCUAAUACAGGAACAAUGUAAUGUGUUUAUCAUCCACUAAACCAAGCCAGUGGUGUUCUUCCACUAGACCAUGCCCAUUUUGUUACGUUCCCCACCAAAAAUGUUGCUCAAACAGAAGGGAGAACUAACAAAGAGUCACUGACAACAACCAAAACGAAACAGGUCGGUUUUAGGAGGGGUUCUGAAAGACACUCAUGGAAGUGUCCACUGAAAGUUGAGUACCAAUAACAAUUGGGUCCUAAAAGACAUCCACCAUGAGCGCCCACAAAAUUUGACCACUAAGAGGCAAACAAAAGAAAAACCCACACCAAUCUUAAAGGCAGGAAGCAAACCAAAAAGUUUAGCAAAACGAAAACAGUGAAGAUCAGACAGGGGGAGCCAACUUGUGAUGAGUGUGAUGGAAAGGAGUCAGGCGCAGGAGGGUAAUCACCGAAUACAGAGUUUAUUCCUUCGUAGACACACAAAUGCGCUCAAAUAGCGAUCAACGAAACAGGCACAGGGGAAACUCUCAUCCCUGGCAAAUACACUGUGACGGAUAUCCAAUAAUACAUAGGCACAGGGGAAAAUCUACCCUGGCAACACAAUGUUACGAGUAGCUCACCGAGCUACACUACUCUCACAAAUAACAAUCACCCACAAGGACAAGGGGGCAGAGGGAACACUUAUACACAGAAUAAUUAGGGGAUAGGAACCAGGUGUGUGUGAUUGACAAGACAAGACAAUUGUGAUGAUGAUUGGGGCAGCAGUGGUUAGUAAGCCGGUGACGACGAAUGCCGAAGCGUGCCCGAACAAGGAGGGGAGGCAGCCUCGGCCGAAGUCGUGACACAACUAAAGAUGUUGACCCUACACAUAUCUCAAGAAAGUUCCCUUAAUCAUUAGAAAUGACUACUCAUGGAGGUUUGAGAAUAUUUCAAUGAUAACUGUAAAGAGGAAGCAAAGCUUGUGGUUAAGGUUGACUCCAACUGUAAGUGAUGGUGUAAGCAGACAUUUAGCCACCGUCUUUUAGGGUAACUUUUUUCUCUCCCUUUCUCAACUCCAAGCAUAGUUGUUGAAAGCUGAAUGGUUCUCCUGUCUUUUGUAGGGACCAGGUCCUUCGUAUCACUGCGAGGGAUGAGGUCCAGCUCACUCUUCUGAAGGACCUGUCUGAGAUGGAACAUCUCCAGGUGUGUGACAUGAUAAUCACCACUGUAGAGCCUUGACCAGGCCAUUUCCCUUUCACUAUAGCUGCUCAAAAGACUUAUAUGGGCGAUUUCCCGUACACAGAUGAAGUCUUAAAAAGCAUAAAUCUUUGUCCAGGACUAGGCUUAAUCUGUCUGGGAGACCGGCCCAUUGUGUUGGUUUGUUGGCCUGACGUAUCAUUCCUACCCUCUAUCCCAGUUGGAUGGUUGAAUAAGCCUUGUAGUGACCUUUGACCUCCCUUUUGCCCACAGGUUAAGCUGGACGAGGAGAAGGAGCAGAUGCUGAGUGCUGCCCGUGUCACUGCUUGGUUAUAUGUUAAAUGUCUUUCAAAUUUACAGUAUUUGAGGAUUAUAGUAGAUGUUCUUUACACCCCCCUCCUUCUCUAUUUUCUAGUUCAGCACUGGUGGAACCAACAAACCCGGUAUCUGGUUUGACACUGGAAUCCACUCCAGGGAAUGGGUCACUCAGGCUAGCGGUACCUGGUUCGCCAAGAAGGUGAAUCAGUGCUAUCUCCCUGACAGUCUUUAAACCUUUCCCAUCUCUUCAUCUAUGCAUCUGUUCACCAAACCACUGUCUCACACUCACUGUUACUCACUAUGGAUGGUAGUCAUGAUUUAAGAUUUCUGAUAUUAUUUUUUUGUUUCAAUAUCCAGAUUGUGACCGACUAUGUACGUGACGCUGCCCUUACCGUCAUCCUGGACAAGAUGGAUAUCUUCCUGGAGAUUGUGACCAACUCUGAUGGCUACUACUGCACCCACACUAAUGUGAGUCGCUCAAAACAGAACAUAUGCCAUUAACGGUACAUUUUAGUUUAAUGUACAUUCCCUGACCCCUAUGAUUACUAAAUGUUACAUUUUCUUUACGUCAUGUUAUAUCGCUCCACCUCUUUGAUUGUUAACAUGUUACACGUGUGCGUGAUCUGAAUCUCUUAUUCAUAUGUAGGAUCUUAAUUUGAGCCAGUUUGCUACAGCAAGAAAAUAAUCCUGCAGCAACAGGAAAUGUGAAUUAUUAUGUGGAUUAUAAUUAAUGGACAUUUUUGUAGGGGGGGGCAUGUUUCCCAAACUAAAAUCAAGUCUGAAAUUUCAAAGUAGAAAUUAGAAACUUCAGAAGCCUUUUCAAACCUCAAAUACACUACACAUUUUAAAUUUCCUGCAUUGCAGGAAAGUUCUGCUGCAACAGGGUGAUCAAAUUAAGAUCCUACAUCUAGAUCGAAUAUCAACUAUCGAAUGUCAUUUGACUUUGCUCUGACAUCAUCAACUGCUGGUUACAGCUAUGCACUAGACCAAACCAAACAAACAAUUUGUCACGACAAAGACCUUUCAUGUUCCACAGAACCGUAAGACCAGGAAGCCCAACCCUGACUCUUCCUGCAUUGGAACUGACCCCAACAGAAACUGGGAUGCUGGUUUUGGAGGUAUAUUUUCCUUGUCACUUUGAUGUUGCAAAUCACUUUGUAUUAAAAAACAGUAGAUUCCGAUGUCACAAACUCAAUAAGAAACCAAAUCUGAAUUUUUUGGUCAUUAAAAUGGAAUCUUCUUGCACCUGGUGAGAUAGUAUUUUGCAUUGUAAUUUUUUUGUCUGCCACUAAUGUUUAUAUCCUUUUGUCUAUCUCCUCUGUUGUCUUUGGUAGGUCCCGGUGCCAGUAACAGCCCCUGCUCUGAGACUUACCGCGGACCCAAGGCUCACUCUGAGUCUGAGGUCAAGUCCAUCGUGGACUUUGUCAAGUCUCACGGCAACCUGAAGGCCUUCGUGUCCAUCCAUUCCUACUCCCAGAUGCUCCUCUACCCCUACGGUUACACCAAGACCCCCUGCAAGGACCAGAGCGAACUGGUGAGUCCAGCAUCCAUCAACUAGUUGUCUUUGAAAUGUCUGGUAACAACUUGUGGUAUCCGUGCCUAUAGGGAGCGCCCUGCCUGCAUUCUCCACCACAUGUGGCCUCACCAGGGGGAAGGGUGAAUCCAAUAGGGGACUUUAACAUUCGGUUACUUUUAUUAUAUGCCCACAGCACAACCUGGCCAGGAAGGCUAUCACUGAUCUGGCUUCCCUGUAUGGAACUUCCUACAGAUACGGAAGCAUAAUCAACACCAUCUGUAAGUGUCAAACACCGGCUUAACCUAUUUGUUGCUUUAAAUGGCUCCCAUCCCAUGCCAUUCCAAUCCAAUCUAGUCUACCACGAUCUAUCAACAUGAGCACACUCCACCUGCAUGAUAUAACCAAAGUAAUUACUAUAUUUUUAGUUUAGGGUUAUAUACUCUUAAAUACUCUGUGACAAUACAGAAACAAUUGUCAAUUCCCUUUUUUCUUGUCAAUUCCAGAUCAGGCUAGCGGUGGUACCAUUGACUGGACCUACAACCAGGGCAUCAAGUACUCCUACACCUUUGAGCUGAGAGACACUGGUCGCUAUGGUUUCAUCCUGCCUGCCAAUCAGAUCCUCCCUACUGCCAAGGAGACUUGGCUGGCUCUGAUGGCAAUCAUGGAGCAUACCAAGGACAACACAAACUAG